CCUAGCGUUUGCGAGAUUUUAGUUUGCAAACUCGCAGAAGUCUCACAAUUUUACAGAUAAUGGCACUGCGCACCGCAGAAGCGCACUCAAUAGUUGUGAGCUCGAAUAUAAGUCAGCAGAGCGAGCAGCGCUGAAAUAAAGCUGACAGGUGUUUGCCCGCCUGGACUUUUCCUUUGAGUAAUCACGAAAGGUCUCAUAUAUCAAGUGUCUCUCAUUUCACGGUGAGCUUGCAUUCAUGCCUCAGGUCAUGUUUUAUAUACGACCGCUAGAGGUUGAUGCAAACCCUCCAGAGUGUGGGACGGACUACUGCUUUCAACACUUUUCCAGGGAUGCAGUCUUGUGUUGGUGCACGCACAACUUGAGCUAGUUCAUGCACUGACUCCUGAGGCUGCGCGCUCCCGCUCCUAGGCUGCUGGUGCUGUUUUCAGAAAACGCACAGGUUGUAAGUUGUUUCUUUGUCUCUCUUUUAACAUUAUUUGAUUGAUGUUAAACAGUUCGAAAUGCAACUGAAUGGCAGUUGUGAGGAUGUGGCACACUGAAGCAUCACUUUGAAGUCUAAGAAGGAGUUAAUUCCAAAACAUACGGGAUAAAGACUUGAUUAGGUUAAUAAAGAAACUGAAAGAAAGUUAUUAAUGGUGCACCAUGGAGAGCGCCAUCAUCAACCCAGCAGCACUCGCUUGGUGAAAGCAUCAUCCUGAGAGAUAAAGAUGAGAGCGCCAACAUUUGGACUUCUGUGGAGCUGUCUCGGUUUUCUUCACGGCGUUCAGUGCGGUUUAGGAGACAACCAUGUGCAUUCGAGCUUUAUUUACAGGCGGUUGCGUAACCACGAGCGGCGAGAGAUCCAGAGAGAAAUCCUCUCCAUCCUGGGCUUGCCCCACCGUCCCCGGCCCUUCUCCCCGGGCAAACAAGCGUCGUCGGCACCGCUCUUCAUGCUGGACCUGUACAACGCGAUGACGACCGACGAGGAGGACGCGAUACUCGGGAAGGCGCUCGCUGGGAAAGCGCGUAAAAGCGCCUCUGGAGUUCCACAUGGAUACUCGCGCGCCCCGCAGCAGCCGUACCGCGCGGCGCCGUUGACCAGUCAGAGUCCGCCUUUGGCCACCGCGCACGACACCAACUUUCUGAAUGACGCGGAUAUGGUGAUGAGUUUUGUCAAUCUAGUCGAGAGGGAUAAGGACUUCUCCCAUCACAGACGACACUACAGGGAGUUUCGCUUCGACCUGACUCAGAUUCCGGAAGGCGAGGCAGUGACCGCCGCUGAGUUCAGGAUUUAUAAGGAUCAAAGUCCCGUCAGAUACGAGAACAUCACACUCAAGGUCACCAUAUACCAAGUCAUCAAAGAGUAUCCAAACAGGGAUGCUGAAACGUUUCUCUUGGACUCGAAAAAGAUCCGCGCUACUGAUGGGGGGUGGCUGGUGUUUGACAUCACAGCCACCAGUAAUCACUGGCUCCUGAACCCGCAGCAGAACAUGGGCCUUCAGCUCUGCGUGGAGACCACUGACGGUAGAAGCAUCAACAUGAAAUCUGCUGGCAUCAUCGGAAGGAACGGACCUCAGUCCAAACAGCCAUUCCUGGUGGCUUUUUUCAAAGCCAGUGAGGUUCUGCUCCGUUCUGUAAGAGCAACAGGAGGCAAGAAGAAGAGCAACAAUAGAAACAAAAGCAAAGCACAACAGAAAUCUUCACCAGCUCUCAAAAGUGGAGAUCAGAACACCAGUGAACAGAGGCAAGCCUGCAAGAAGCAUGAACUUUACGUGAGCUUCCGCGACUUAGGAUGGCAGGAUUGGAUUAUUGCUCCAGAGGGCUAUGCAGCCUUUUAUUGUGAUGGAGAAUGUUCAUUUCCACUGAACGCACAUAUGAAUGCGACAAACCAUGCGAUUGUGCAGACCUUGGUCCAUCUAAUGUUUCCUGAUAAUGUGCCAAAGCCUUGCUGUGCACCAACCAAACUGAAUGCCAUAUCAGUGCUGUAUUUUGAUGACAGCUCAAAUGUAAUUCUGAAGAAGUACAGGAAUAUGGUGGUGAGGUCCUGUGGUUGUCAUUGAGGGCAGAGGAGCAUCCUCUGUCAUAUUGCUGGAAUAAAUAACAUAUCAAAAGAAAUAGUUUUUGACAUUUGAUGUACAGUAUUAUGUAUAUAUUAGCUCAUAAUUCCUCUUAUUUAUUUGGCUUUGUUUUGUAAUAACGUUUUUAUAUGUGUGAUGUAGAUCAGUUAAAAGUUACCACUUUACCACAGAUCCAUGGCUGAUUGCUCUUUCUCCGAGAAUAUGUUUAUGAGUUAGACCAGUUAGAGAGAGUCGUAGACUAGAUGAUCAAAUAUAAUUUACUUUCUUUCGAUUACAUGUUAUAAGUUCAUAAGCAACCACUCCAAAACAGAACUGCUGCUAUUUUACAAAAGAAAUGUAAAGGCCUUAAACCCUAGUCACCUAUUUACAUUUUUUUUUUUUUUUUUUUUUUUUUUUGAUGUUGGUAAAAAAAAAAAAAAGAACAGCCAUAUUGGAUUUAGCAAAAAAUAAACAAAUAAUAAUAAUAAUAAUAAUUCUUUGUUAAUAAAAUGAGUGUUGUUGUAAAAGCACUGAGUUAUUUUCUCAAAUAUCCCAAAGCAUUGCAGACCACAAUUGCUGAUUUAUAUUAGUUUGCUUUAGAUAUCAGUGGAUGGAUAUACAAAAUUAAGGUUGAUUUUUCUGAGCAAAUAUUCUUCCUCCUUAUAUACACUUGUAUUAGUACUCUGAGUAAUAUAUAUUUUUUGGAAAAUAUUGCAUUUAUUAUUUUAGAACCAUGUUUGUAUGUCAUUAAAUCUAUUUUCAAAUAUA